AUGUCAGCAUCUUCGGCCUCCCCAGAGACACUUGUGGUGCACGUCAUCAAGACUUGGCUCUCAUCGAGCCACCAAAGGAUCGAAAGCUUCUGGGUAGGGGCACAAUGGGAGAAGUGGGCACGCUAUGAGCUCUUCAUGGCUCUCGAAGAGGCUCUCGGCUCGCAAUGUCUCGUGGUCCACAGCAUGUCCGACUUCUUCGAAGACAGCGACGAGGAGCUCGACAUUCUGAUUGAGCCGCGCGAAAACGACCAGGCAGUUAUUGCCAUCAAAUUGCGGUGCGAAAAGGUCAACGAGAACGAAGGGAGCUACGAGAGGUUCCGCGACCAGAUGGAUGCCGACAUGACCAAGAUACAAGGCCUCGGAGGGGUGCAGAGCGGCUUUGAGGGCGCAAAGUUGCUGCUUGUUGGGUUUGGGGGCGAGCCGAGUGCCGAAGAUGCCGAUUUUAGGACCCAGUCUCAGCCUGAGCAUCUUGUCGAGGGAGAAGUACACUGUUGGAUCAUGAAGAAGGAAUAUCCAUUGGAAACAUGA